CUUUCAGAGUUUGGUCUUGGCCAUCCGUUUUAAUUCCUUUUCCCUUCCUGUAUUUUCCUGCUCUCUACAUUCCUUAAAAAAAUAAAAAUCCAAAAAGGUAACUCUUUUUCCUCUUCUAUUAUCACAAACUGUGGAUCACAGACUGAUCUAAGUGCAUCAUCCCUUCUAAACGAAGGGAAAAAAAGAUCAGGAAGAUGAGUGAUCCUGUAAGUCUUUCUUGCUUGGCGAACAAAGUUUUUGACAAGGUUUUUGACCCAAUUUUUACGUACCUUGUCAUAUAUCCAAUCACUACUCUGUACUUGUGGAAGCAAAAUGUUAAGAAGCUGAAGCUUAAGGUGGAUGUGCAGCUGGUCAAUAAAAGAACGGACGUGAAGAACAAAGUUGAUGAAGCUGAGCAACGGGGGGAGGAGAUUUUCAAGGAGGUCAAGCAGUGGAUGAAUGAUGUGGACGAGCACAUUAGUGGAAAGAGAAAGGCCGACAUAGAUGAAUUAAUAGCAAAAUCGGAGAGGAAGUAUUGCCUUGGGUGGUGUCCUAAUCCCAAGGCUCUCUAUGAUCUUAGUGAGAAAGCCAAGGAGUAUGCUGCGGAUGUUGAUGCACUCACGCAAAAGGUUUUCGAAAGGGUUUCCUACUUUCAAUUUCAGAAACAGGAAAGUAUUGUUUCACGGGAUGAUUUUGUUGACUUUGAAUCAAGAAACAAGGUUUUGGACGAGAUCAUGAAGGCACUACAGAGUCCAACUGUUGACAUGAUAGGGGUGCGCGGGAUGCUUGGUAUGGGGAAGACAACGCUGGUGAAAGAAGUUAAAAGAAAGGCUGAGCAAGAGAAAUUGUUUGAUGUUGUGGUCAUGGCUAAUGUGACGAGCAAUCCUGACUUGACAAAAAUUGUAGAGGAAAUGGCACGUGGCUUGGGUAUGUUUCAGCUUCCUAAAGAACUCUCUGCUCGGCAAGUAGCUGAUCGAAUAAAUGGACGGCUGAGAAAAAAGAAUGCGCUUGUUAUUUUGGACGAUGUUUGGGGGAAAAUAGAUUUGAAGGAUCUUGGAAUUCCUUCUGGAAGCAAGCAGAAGCGUCCUGUAGCAGAGCAGCAGAAUGAGGAGAGCUCACUGCUAGAGGAUGAGGAGAGCUCACUGCUAGAGGAUGAGGGGAGCUCAUUAAGAGAAGAACAAAAGGAGUGUAAGGUUUUACUUACAUCCAGAGAACAUAAAGUUCUAUCAGAAAAAAUGGGUGUUAAAAAUGAGAACAUCUUCCAUGUUAACAAGUUGGAAGAUGUUGAGGCUAAGGAGCUGUUUAAGUUGAGAGUUGAAGAUGAUACUGAAAGCCCUCACAGAUCGGAAGCUAUUGAGAUUGUGAAGAGAUGUUGCGGACUGCCGCUUGCCAUUGAACGAAUAGCAAAGGCUUUGAGAGGAAAGGAAGAUCAGCACUGGAAUUCUCUACUUCAAGAACUUAAAGCCUCUAGAGAUGGAGAAUAUGCUGUUGUUCGUUUAGCUAUUGAGUUCCAUUUUAGUCAGUUGGAAAGAGAAGAACUUAAGCAAACUUUCUUGCUUUGCUGUCUAAUGGGCCAUAACGCAUCCAUUGAAGACUUAAUGGAGUAUGGUACUGGCUUAAAACUAUUCCCAGAAUUCAACAAAAUAGAGGAGUUCCGAGAUGCAGCACUCGCUUUGGUGAACAAUCUCCGAGACUCUUCUUUGUUACUUAAUGGUCCUACCAAUAUGCAGUUCGACAUGCAAGAUGCUGUCCAAGAUACCGCCAUGUCAAUUGCUUCCAGGGAUGGAGAAGUGAUAUCUUCCAAAGAUGAAGAUGCAGCAGCGGUGUGGCCAGACGAGGAGGCAAUAUCCGUAAAACUCAAGUGGAUUUAUUUGCCAAAUGCUGAUAUUAGUCAACUUCUUCGUGAGUUGGAGUUGCGGAGCAAUUCCGAAGGAGGGUAUAAACAGGUACAAUGUCCUCAGCUUACUUUCUUUCAUUUGUCUAACAAGUAUCCUUCUUCAGAAACUGCAGUCCCAGCAGACUUUUUUGAGGGAAUGAAAAACGUCGAAGUCUUGAGUUUGACUAAGAUGCAUUUCUUGUCGAUGCCUCAAUCAAUUUCCCUCCUAACAAAGCUUCGAACAUUGCGUCUCAAUCAAAGUAAGUUAGGAGUACUAGAAGGCUUGGGGGAGAUCAUAGGAAAGCUGAAGAAGUUACAAGUCCUCAACCUUGCAGGAUGUGAUAUUAGUGAGCUGCCAAUGGAAAUAGCAUGCUUGACGAUGUUAAAGUUGCUAGACAUGAGUGAUUGUACUAACCUCAAAGUAAUUCCACGGGAUAUCUUGUCCAAAUUGUAUAGACUGGAGGAGCUAAAAAUGGCCAACAGCUUUGACCAGUGGCAGUUUAUCGAGCAGCAUGAAAAUCAAAAUGGAAAUGCUAGCCUUGCUGAGUUGAAGGUUUUGCAGAAAUUGACUACUUUAGAAGUUUGUAUUAAUGAUAUCACAAUGAUCCCAGAAGGCUUGUUUAAUGCAGAACUGAAAAGAUACAAGAUUUUUGUAGGAGAUUUGUGGAAGUACCGAGACAGUUCUUCUGAAAAUACAAAAAUAUUGAAGUUAGAAUUGAAGGCAGACAGUUCUCAUACUUCAGCUAGAAAGUUAUUAAAAAUCUCUGAAGAGCUACAUCUAGAGGGAUUGCAUGGUGUUAAGAAUGUGGUUUAUCAAUUAGACAAUGAAGGUUUUCAAAAACUAAGAUAUCUCUAUGUUCGAAAUGCUCCAGAGAUUCAGUUUAUGAUUGACUCAGAGAGGUUGGUGUGUAGCAAUGCAUUUCCAAUCUUGGAGGAGUUGGUUCUUCAAAAUUUGACAAAAAUGGAAAAGAUAUAUCGUGAUAUGGGAGCAACAUCUUUUAACAAAUUAAGAAUCAUAACCAUUGAAUGUUGUCAUCAGCUCAAGAAUUUGUUCUCCUUCUAUGUAGUGAAACAGCUUCUCCAACUCCAAGAAAUCAGUUUGAAAGAUUGUGAGAACAUUGAAGAGAUUGUUGCUGAGGAGCCACAAGUAACCGUUCAUGAGAUUGACGAAGCAGCUACAACAAUUGAGCUUGGCCAACUACGGUCCUUAAGAUUUGAAAAACUGCCAAACUUUGUUAGUUUUUGCCAAGAAAAGAAUAACCCCAUCACAAAUCAAGGAGGGAGUCAGUUAACAAGCUCUAGAUGCAUGUCACUCUUCAAUGAGAAGGUUGUGUUUCCAAUGCUGGAGGAGUUGGAAUUCACUGAGAUUAAGAUUGACAAGAUAUGGAACACUUUAGCAACGCCUCAUUGUGUUCAGAAGCUUACGAAAAUGAGUAUUAUGUCCUGUAGUGAUUUAAAAUAUCUAUUCUCUUCCUCUCUGGCUAAAGGUCUGGAGAAGCUUGUGCACCUUGAAAUAAAAGAUUGCAAGAGUUUGAGAGAGAUCAUCACCAUGGAGACCAGUCGUGAAAUGGGUAAUUGUGAAGUUAAAUUCUCAUCGUUGAAGCGAUUGAGUAUAAUAAACUGUCCAAAAUUAAUGGAAUUCAUGAUCAUGGUUAAAUCUGCAAACACAAAUGAAGCAGAUAACGCACGGUGCUUCUUCAAUGAACAGGUUACAUUUCCCAGCUUGGAAAGCUUGAUUCUCUCUCAUUUGAAAAACUUACAAGUCAUAUGGCACAGCCAACUCUCUCCAGAUUCUUUUUGCAAACUAAAAGAGUUGGUUGUUAGAGUAGAAAAGGUGUUUAACGUGGGAGAGAUUACAAACCUCAAAGAAUCAGGACAGACCCAGUUGAGAAAUUUGCGGAUUUAUGGUCUACCGAGUUUGAAGCACGUGUGGAAUGAGGAUCCUGAAGGAAUUCUUGAUUUUCAAAGUAUGGAAUCGGUGAUUGUUUGGAACUGUCCCAGUAUCAAACAUGUGUUUCCAAUUUCAGUAGCAAAAGGCCUUAAACAACUCCAAAAGCUACAAAUAGUGUCGUGCGGGGUGGAGGAAAUUGUUGCAAUGGAGCGGGGAGGAACAGAAGCGGUGGUUAAGUUUGUGUUCCCUCGACUGUCAAACCUCAAACUAGUGGAACUACGAAGACUCAAAUACUUCUAUCCAGGAGAACACAUAACGCUUUGGCCAGAGUUAACGGAGUUGGAUGCUUUUGACUGUGGUCAUGCUGAUGAAGUGGACAUAAGAAAGAGGCAUGGUCGACCUGAUUUCCCCAUUCGACAGCCAUUUCUCAACAUGGAAGAGAUCAUUCCUCAAUUGAAGAGAUUGUCCUUAUCAGAAGAUGACAUUGCUAUGAUAACUGAUUGCCGAUUUAAACAAGAUUUUUUUUUCAAAAUAAAAGUCCUUCGGAUUUACUAUGGUGGAGGAUCGAUUAUUUUUCCAAUUGGCGCCCUCGGAAGAUUCUACAAUUUGGGAAAACUUGUUUUAACAUCCUGUUCUCUCAAAGAGUUAUUCCCUUCACAUGGAGAGGUUAUAGAAGAACAGAAAAACCUUGAGACACUCUCGAGGAUUAAAACAUUGGAGUUGAACAGCGUUGUUAAUCUCAGGCAUGUUUGGAGCAGGGACUUGUCAAGUGUUCUUCAAAAUCUUGAAAAACUUAGAGUAAUUGGGUGUAAUGAUUUGAUUAGUUUACCAACAUCCAUGGCAUCAGUCAAGAAUCUCACAACUUUGGAGCUACGUAGUUGCCAUAAAAUGGAAAACCUGGUUGCAACUGCAACAGUCCAAAGCCUGGUGCAUGUAAAGAGUAUGACUGUAAGCCGAUGCAUUAAGCUAACUGAAAUAGUUGGAAGCCAAGGAGAUACAACACAAGAUCCCAUUAUUUUUAGCAGUUUGAGAUAUUUGAAACUUGAAUGUUUGACAAGACUAGCAUGCUUCAGUUCUGGGAAUUACAUCUUCGAUUUCCCAUAUAUGGAGCAACUAAUUGUGGAACAGUGCCCUAAAUUGGAGAUCUUCUCUAAGACAGUUCCAAAAACACCACGGCUGCUGCAACUACAGGGAGGGAAAUUGUGGAAUUUGGAAGGUGACCUCAAUACCAGCAUACAAAGAAUGUAUACGGAACAGGUUGGAUAUGUUGGUUUGUCUGCUUUGAGUCUCUCUGAGUUUCCUCAACUGAUGCAAAAUUGGCAUACUAGGAACCUUGAACUUUUAGAACUUAGAUGGGUUCAAUAUCUGGACAUUUGUAAUUGCAACAGCUUGAGAUGCUUGUUAACCCCCUCCAUGGUCAGGAGUCUUGUGCUACUCAUGAAUUUGAAUGUCCAAGACUGCAAAACAAUGGAAGCAGUGCUUGUAUUUCCCAACUUGGAGAUCUUGAGACUGAGUUCUCUUAACAUUCAACAAAUAUGGCGUAAGCAAGCUGAUUGUGCUCAAAAUUUAUUGCGUUUGAGGGUGGUUGACUGUGCUAAUUUGAAAUAUCUAUUCAUAUCCUCUAUGUUUAAAACUUUUGGGAAACUGCAAUGGCUUGAGAUCCGUAAUUGUGGAAUGAUGGAAGAGGUAAUAGUGAUAGAAGCAUUAGCAGAAGAAGAAAGGAUGUACAAGAUGGUCUUUCCAAAACUGGACCACUUGCUACUACAAGACCUCCACAAACUUACAAGAUUUUGUUUUGGAAGUUUAGUUGAAUUCUCCUGCCUUAGAGACCUUCAUGUAAUCAAAUGUCCAUUGAUGAAGACAUUCAUCUCUAGCUCUAUUUCAGGAAACAUGACAGCUAGUUCUGAAGAAGUGGAGAAUACUUGUACACCACCUCUCUUCGAUGCAAAGGUGGGAUUCCCUAGUGUAGAGAAAAUAGUGAUUGGGUCUAUGGAGAGCUUGAACAAGAUAUGGCAAGACCAACUUGAUGCAGAUUCUUUUUGCCAAUUAAAUUACCUUUGUGUAAAUUCAUGUGGAAAGCUAUUGAACAUUUUCCCGUUAACCAUGUUGGAAAGGCUUCAGAAACUAGACAAGCUGGAGAUAUGGAAUUGCAAUGCGCUAGAAGAGAUAGGUUUCUGUUGUCAAAUGCUUGAUACUGAAUGGCCAUCAUUGAAAAAAUUGGAGGUGUAUAGAUGUGACCAAGUGCAGAUAUUUGCUUCAGAAUUUUCGAGCUUCCAAAGAACUAAUGGGGAUGACCAAAUUGGAAUUGGGAUCAACUGUCCUAUUUUCUCAGUCAACAAGGCUACAUUCCCUUGUCUAGAAGAACUGGAAUUGGAUAAGAAUGAUAUUAUGAAGGAGAUAUGGCAUGGACAAUAUCCAGGGGAUUAUUUUCCCAAACUAAAAGUUCUUAAACUCACCCAAUUACCUGAGCAAUCAGUUGUCCACCCUUUCCUCCUUCAGUCACCGAAUCUUGAAAAGCUUGUUGUGAGUAAAGCUUCUUUUCUUGAACUAUUCCAGUGUCAAGGACUUGGUGAUAAGGAAAAACCUGCACUUGCAUUUACUGAGUCAAGUGAAUUAAGGUUAUCUGAACUUUUGGAAUUAGUUUUCUAUAACCUGAAAACCCUGGAAGUUUUACAGUGUAGCAACUUAAAGAAUUUGGUGCCAUCCUUUGUAUCUUUCAAGAGUUUGACAACUUUGGAAGUAUCUGCAUGUCAUGAACUCAUAAAUUUAAUUGAAUACUCAACGGCGAAAAGCAUGGUGCAGCUCACAAAAAUGAGUAUAAGUAAAUGUCAAAUGCUAAAAGAAAUUGUGGCGUGUGUGGGUGAAGAAGUUAAGGAUGGCAUUGCCUUCAUCCAACUCAAGUAUUUGCUACUUCGUGGUCUACCAAGACUAGCAAGCUUUUGCUCAGGGAAUUGUGGCUUUGAAUUUGCAUCUUUGGAAGAAGUAAUUGUGAAGGGUUGCCCAAAUAUGCAGAUCUUCUCUCAAGGGGAAUGUAUCACCACUAAUAAGUUGCAAAAAGUGAAAUUGACCGUGGAUGAAGACGAAGGGUUUUGGGAAGGCAACCUUAACUCCACCAUAAAAAAGAUGUUCACAGAAAAGGCUGGAUGUUAUGGGUUGGAGGAUUUGAAACUUUCUGAAUUUCCUGAAUUGAUUGAAAUUUGGUACCAAAAGCCUCAAGAAAACUUGCCCUUCAGAAUGUUUAAAUUUCUAGAAGUUUGCAAUUGUAGCAAUUUGACAUACCUUCUAACCCUUUCCAUGGCAUUGGGCCUUGUACAAUUGGAUGUUCUGAAAGUCACAAACUGUGCCAUGAUGGAGCAAGUGAUAACAGGAGAAGGAGCUGAGGAGACAUUUCCUCUCCUAAACUCUAUUCUUUUAGAUUCUUGUUCCAUCUUGACGUGUUUCUAUGAGGGAAGCAGUAGGCUCAAGUUUUCAAGUUUGAAACAAAUUAUUGUAGCGAACUGCCCAAAUCUGUUGACGUUUGCUUCUUCAUUUUCAAGAGAGCAAGGGAAUGAGAUGAUUGCCAAUGACAGAGGAAGUGAACAAAGGCCUGAAAUCCCUACUCAACCUUUCUUCAGUCGCAUUCCCUUGUAUAGAGAAAAUAACGAUUCGCUCUAUGGGGAGCUUGAACAAGAUAUGGCAAGACCAACUGGAUGCAGAUUCUUUUUGCCAACUAAAUUACCUUUGUGUAAAUUCGUGUGGAAAGCUAUUGAACAUUUUCCCGUUAACCAUGUUGGAAAGGCUUCAGAAACUAUUCAUGCUGGAGAUAUUGAAUUGCAAUUCGCUAGAAGAGAUAGUCGAGUCACAAGGGCUUGGCUGCCCAAACUGAAGGGUUUCUAUUGUCAAAUGGUUGAUACUGAAUGGCCAUCAUUGGAAAAACUGGAGGUGUAUGGAUGUGACCAAGUGCAGAUAUUUGCUUCAGAAUUUUCGAGCCUCCAAAGAGCUAAUGGAGAUGACCAAAUUAGAAUUGGGAUCAACUGUCCUAUUUUCUCAGUCAACAAGGCCACAUUCCCUUGUCUAGAAGAACUGGAAUUGAAUAAGAAUGAUGUUAUGAAGGAGAUAUGGCAUGGACAAUAUCCAGGGGAUUAUUUUCCCAAACUAGAAGUUCUUAAACUCACCAAAUUACAUGAGCAAUCAGUUGUCCACCCUUUCCUCUUUCAGUCACCGAAUCUUGAAAAGCUUGUUGUGAGUGAAGCUUCCUUUCUUGAACUAUUCCACUGUCAAGGACUCGGUGAUAAGGAAAAACCUGCACUUGCAGUUACUGAGUCAAGUGAAUUAAGGUUAUCUGAACUUUUGGAAUCAGUUUUCUAUAACCUGAAAACCCUGGAAGUGUUACAGUGUAACAACUCAAAGAAUUUAGUGCCAUCCUUUGUAUCUUUCAAGAAUUUGACAACUCUGGAAGUAUCUGCAUGUCAUGAACUCAUAAAUUUAAUUGAAUACUCAACAGCGAAAAGCAUGGUACAGCUCACAAAAAUGAGUAUAAGUAAAUGUCAAAUGCUAAAAGAAAUUGUGGCGUGUGUGGAUGAAGAAGUUAAGGAUGGCAUUGUCUUCAUCCAACUCAAGUAUUUGCUACUUUGUGGUCUACCAAGACUAGCAAGCUUUUGCUCAGGGAAUUGUGGCUUUGAAUUUGCAUCUUUGGAAGAAGUAAUUGUGAUGGGUUGCCCAAAUAUGCGGAUCUUCUCUCAGGGGGAAUGCAGCACCACUAAUAAACUGCAAAAAGUGAAAUUGACUGUGAAUGAAGAUGAAGGGUUCUGGGAAGGCAACCUUAACUCCACCAUAAAAAUGAUGUUCACAGAAAAGGCUGGAUGUUAUGGGUUGGAGGAUUUGAAACUUUUCGAAUUUCCUGAAUUGAUUGAAAUUUGGUAUAAGAAGCCUCAAGAAAGCUUGCCUUUCAAAAGGCUUAAAUUUCUAGAGGUUUGUAAUUGUAGCAAUUUGACAUACCUUCUAACCCCUUCCAUGGCUUUGGGCCUUGUACAAUUGGAUGCUUUGAAAGUCACAAACUGUGCCAUGAUGGAGCAAGUGAUAAUUGGAGAAGGAGCUGAGGAGAUGUUUCCUCUACUAAACGCUAUUCUUUUGGAGUCUUGUUCCAGCUUGACGUGUUUCUAUGAGGGAAGCACUAGGCUGAAGUUUUCAAGUUUGAAACAAGUUACUGUAGCAAACUGCCCAAAUUUGUUGACUUUUGCUUCUUCAUUUUCAAGAGAGCAAAGGAAAGUGAUGACUGCCAAUGACAAAGGAAGUGAACAAAGGCCUGAAAUCCCUACUCAACCUUUCUUCAGUGAGACGGUUGUGCUACCAAACCUAGAGGAGCUGUUAUUACGCUGGAUGAAUGUUAACAUCAAAUGGCACACUUCAAUAACAUAUUUAUGUUUGGAGAAACUGAAAAAAUUAAUCAUUCAAGGCUGUGAUAAUUUGGAGUACUUAUUCUCAUCUUCUAUAGCUAGAGGUCUAGUGAUGCUCGGUCAACUUGAAAUAAGGGAAUGCAAGAGGAUGAGAGAGAUUAUUGUUGCAGAGAAUGCAAAAGAAAAAGAGAAUUUAAUUUUUCCUCAAUUGAACUUCCUAUUGCUAAAAGACCUCCAAAACAUUGUUGGAUUCUACUCAGGAAAUUGUAUUGUUGAAUUCCCAUCUUUAAAGCAACUGCAAGUAUUGAACUGCCCAGUGUUGGAAGGAUUCAUUGUUAAAUAUUUUGCAAGCACAAAUAUCAUUGCUGACAAACAACCAUUCUUCAAUGAACAGGUUGCUUUUCCCAACUUGGAAAGUCUAACUCUCACCCACUUGAAAAACUUGGAUAUCAUAUGGCACAACCAAUUCCAUGCAGAUUCUUUUGGCAAACUAAAAUCAUUAUCAGUUAGAAAUUGUGAGAAGUUAUCCACUGUUUUUCCAUUUGCUGAUAUGUUGGGAAGAAUAUGGAAAUCCCUAGAGAAGUUAAUUAUAUCUCAAUGUGGCUCGCUAGAAGUGGUAUUUGGAAUUGCCGAGUUCAAUGUCAAACAAACACAUGCUAUAAUAGACACCAAGUUGAGAGAAUUGAAUAUUCAACGUCUACCAAAAUUGAAGUAUGUGUGGAAUAAGGAUCCCCAAGGGAUACUCACUUUCCACAGCUUGGAAUUAGUAGUUAUAGCACUUUGUGGGAGACUCAAAUUUUUGUUUCCAGCUUCAAUAGGCAAAAGCCUUUCGCAACUUCAAAAGCUACAUUUAUGGGCGUGCAGGGUGGAGGAAGUUGUUACAAUGGGAGAACAGGGAACUGAAGCAAUUGUUAACUUCAAAUUUCCUCGAUUGUCAAGUCUUAAGCUUCAGUGGCUACCAAGACUCCAAUGUUUUUAUCCAGGGCAGCACACGACAACGUGGCCAAUAUUAAAAAAGUUUUACUUUUCCCAUUUCAAUCAAGUAAAGAGAACAAAUGGCAAUUGGCAACUUGACUUCCCCGUACGACUACCACUUUUCUCCAUAGAGAAGGUCAUACCUCAGUUGGAAGAAUUGUCACUAUCAAGACAUGACAUUGCAGUGAUAUGUGAACGCCAAUUUAAAGAAGACCUCUUUUUCAAUGUCAAAGUUCUUAAAAUUCAUGACCAUCUUGAUAAUGAAUCAGAUGUUUUACCCAUCAGAUUACUACAAAGAUUUUGCCAUCUAGAAGAGCUUGUCGUGGAUUUUUGUAAUGUCGAAGAACUGUUCCCUUCAAAAGGAGAAGUUGAAGAACAAGAGAAACACAUUGAAAUUGAGACACUUUCAAGGAUUAAAACAUUACAUCUAAUUGGCCUUCCAUACCUCAGGCGUAUAUGGAGCCGUGACUCAUCAAUUGUUCUUCAAAAUCUUGGAACCCUUCUAGUUUAUAUGUGUGACAGUUUGAUUAGCUUGUCAACAUCACCUGCCUCUUUCCAGAAUCUCGUAACUUUGAACAUCAGCAAUUGUGGAGCAAUGGUAAACUUGGUUUCUAUCUCAAUAGUCCAAAGUCUGGUGCAGUUAGAAAGAAUGACUGUAUCAGAGUGCUACAUGCUGACUGAAAUAGUUGGAAAUGAAGGAAAUGAAACCCAGGGUUUAAUCAUGAUCACUUUUACUAAAUUAAGAUUUCUGAGACUUAAAUGCCUGCCAAGAUUAGAAAGCUUUUGUUCAGGAAAUUUCACGUUCAAAUUUCCAUCUUUGAAAAAGUUAAUUGUGAUUCAGUGCCCCAAAUUAAUGAUCUUCAAUGAAGGUGACCUAAGCACACCGCUACUGCAGAGAGUAGAAUUAAUUGAAGGAGAGGACAAGUGGUGUUGGGAAAGUGACCUUAAUACCACCAUACAAAGAAUGUAUAUGGAAGAGGUCGGAUUUGUUGGGUUACGAACUUUGGUGUUGUCAAAUUUUCCCAAGUUGAUGGAAACAUGGCAUAUCAAGAAUCCUCAAGAACUCUUGGAUUUUAGACAACUUCAGGUGCUGGAAAUUUGUGAUUGUAGCAAGUUCAGGUACCUAUUAACGGAUUCAAUGGCCUUGGGCCUCGUGGAACUUGUUCAAUUAAUAGUUAAAAAUUGUGGGACAAUGGAACAAGUAAUAAUGGGAGAAGGAGCAAAAUAUAAAAUGGAAUUCCCACAUCUUUGGAUGAUCAAUCUAGAGUCUUGCUUAGAUUUGACAAGUUUCUAUAUGGGAAGUCAUAGUCUUGAGCUUCCAAGUUUAUAUGAUUUUAUUGUAAAAGACUGCCCAAAAAUGGUCACAUUUGUUGCGUCUACAUCCUCCAAAGGGCACAACAAAGAGGAAUCCCAAUACCUCUUUAGCAGCAAGGUAGAGACUCCUAACUUGGAGUUUUUGAAUCUAUCUUCAAAUAACAUUCAGCGAAUUUUGAGCAAUUCGACUCUAGAAAUCUCUUCUUAUGUUCAAAAUUUAAGAAAGUUGUGUGUGGAGGGUUGUGGUAAUUUGGAAUAUCUAUUGACAUCCUCCAUGGUUAAGAGUUUUGAGCAACUGAAUUGGCUCAAGAUUUGUGAUUGCAAUAUGAUGGAAAAGGUAAUACUUGUAGAAGAACCAAUGGAUGAGGAAAAGUUGUGCAAGAUUUUCUUCCCUAACCUGGAGUUCCUACUGCUCGAAGACCUUCCGAAGCUCACAGGAUUUUGUUCUGGAAAUUACUUGGAAUUACCAUGCCUUUGGAAACUUAAGAUAAGCAAGUGUCCUGUGCUGAAGACUUUCAUCUCUAGCUCUUUUUUUGGAGACAUGAUAGCUAGUUCUGAAAAUGUCAAAAACACUUGUGCACUUUCUCUCUUUGAUGCAAAGGUGGCAUUCCCCAAAUUAAAACAUUUGGUAAUUGAACAUGUGAAGAGCUUGAAUAAGAUAUGGAAAGACCAGCUCGAAGUAGAUUCUUUUUGCCAAAUAACUUCGGUGAGUGUGGUUUCAUGUGAAAAGUUAUUGAAUAUUUUCCCAUUUAGUAUGUUGGAAAGGUUUCAAAGACUAGACAAGCUCCAAAUAUGGAGCUGUGAUUCACUUGAAGAGAUACUUGAGUCUCGUGAACCUGUUGUUAGCCGAUCACAAACUCAAAAGGCCACUCCGCCACCUUUGUUGGAAACAGUUACGUGCUUGGAGGAUGAUGUGAAGGAUGAGAUUGUCUUUAGCAAACUCAAGUAUUUGCAACUUUGUGAUUUGCCUAGACUUUCAAGCUUUUGCUCGGUUAAAUGCAAGUUUGAGUUCCCAUUUUUGGAAGAUGUGAUUUUGAUGGAUUGUCCAAGUAUGCAGACCUUCUCCAUGGAUGAAAUAAGAACGCCAAAACUACAAAAAGUAAAAUUGACUAGAGAUGAAGAUGAAGGCUUUUGGGAUGGCAACCUAAACUCGACCAUACAACUACAGUUCAUGCAAAAGAGUCAAGGUGAUUCUGAAAAUUGAGAUCAAAGAAAUAGCGGCUCCUGUCCUUUCCAAGUGAAAUUUGAUGGUCUAAAUGGUGUAUGCAUAAGUUGGAUGUGAAGUUGUCACACUGCUUGGUGGCCAGAAUGUUGCCUCACUAACUAAAAUUGAUCCCCUUUUUCUACAAAAAAAAAAAAAAAAGGAAAAAAGAAAAAAAAAAUAGAUCUUUUCUAUUUCUCAAACUCAUGUGUAACUUGUAAUAUGUAUUAUUAAAUUCAUGCAAAGACU